GCUCCGGGCAGUGGUGGGGGGCUCCGGGCAGCUUGCGCGCCCCUGGCCGUAGCCGCGGCUCCGGCGAUGCUGCACUCCAUGGGCGCCCACACCUUGCAAGCGCUCAGCCAGGUGGCCGCCUGCGUGCUGCUCCUGCCCCGCUUCCUCCUGACGGCCGUGAUGCUCUGGCUCCUCGAUUUCCUCUGCAUUCGCAAGAAGCUCUUGCUGACGACGCCGGCGGCGGUGGCCGGAGAGGUGGCGGCGACGGCGGCUGAAGAAGAGGAGGACAGCUCCUCCUCGGGGCCACCUCCGGACGACCCUCCGCUGUGCGUGUCCGACUCGAACCGCAUGUUCACGCUGGAGUCGCUCAAGGCAGUGUGGCACGGCCAGAAGCUGGACUUCUUCAAGGCGGCGCACGUGGGCGCGGCGGCGCCUAACCCGGAGGUGAUCCAGCUGGACGGGCGCACGCGGCUGCGCAUCCUCGACUACGCGCGGGGCAAGCGGCCGCUGAUCCUCAACUUCGGCAGCUGCACCUGACCGCCCUUCAUGGCGCGCCUGCGCGCUUUCGAGAGCCUCGCCGCGUGCUUCCUGGACGUCGCCGACUUCCUGCUGGUGUACAUCGAGGAGGCGCACCCUUCCGACGGCUGGGUCAGCUCGGACGCCGCCUACGACAUCCCCAAGCACCAGUGCCUCCAGGACAGGCUGCGCGCGGCACAGCUCAUGCAGGAAGGCGCGCCGGGCUGCCCGCUUGCCGUCGACACAAUGGACAAUGCCUCGAGCGCCGCCUACGGGGCGUACUUCGAGCGCCUCUACAUCAUCCAGGAGCAAAAGGUGAUGUACCAAGGGGGCCGAGGGCCCGAGGGCUACAAGAUCUCCGAACUCAGGCGCUGGCUAGACCAGUACAAGCGCCGCCUCCAGGGGGGGCCCAGCACGGUGGUCGUCCAGGUGUAGGAAGGGGCUUCAGGCGGCGGGAUAUAGGGUGAGGAGAGGGCAUGGUGGAAGACCCUCCGACCAGGAGGAGGAGAGGUCUCUCCCUUUUUCCUCGAACCCGCGACUCCCCAAAGGCUCCUGCGUGAGUUUUCAUGCAAGACGUGACCCGUGACUCUUUCCACUAUUCGAAUCAUGUUGAUUUGCCGAACAUUUGUUAUUAACAUUCAUUUCUACGUGCGGUUUUAAUUUUUUUUUCUUUAAAAAAAACAACAACAAAUAACUUGCGUGGGUGGAUGAAUAGAACUCUCUUUUGUGUGGGGGAAGAAAACCAGCGUUUACUACUUGGAUGGAAGUUUCUGGGUGUUUGUGCAACCCGAUGAGUGCGUAUUUGGUUAAGUGUGCCGAUAGGAUUGCAACCUGACUGCGCGCAACACGCGCUGUUUGUUUGUGUGUGUGUGUGUGUGUGUCUGGGUGUAUGUUCCGGCGGGAUCCGAGUUCUGCCGUGCACGUGUGUCUUGUUGUCUGGGGCAAAGUUUCCUCUGCGCCCGAGUGAUCUUCCGCCGUCCUAGCAAAGCUGUUCGCUGGGAUUUCUAGUGUUUCUGUGUGAUGACCGGUUUCGAAAUGGUGAUCCCAAUGCCAGGAAAUCGCGUCUGAUGAUCUGAAAUAUUAGAAUGACCAGUUUAAAAAAAAAGCAAAAAAAAAAAAAAAAGAAUGUUUAUUUAUGUGACCUCUCCGUUUGUUGUACUUUUCCUUUUUUUUGUAAAACGUCCAUUUUUUAUGAACUUUUUAUAACAUUAUUAAUAAAGAUUAUUGAUUAAAAGA